CCCAUCCAAUUAGCCUUCCUUCAAUUCCUUCCCUAUAUAUGAAUGAAAGUAGUGUUGAGGUACAAGGUAAACUCGCUAGCUACCUCAAUUGCUCAAGUCCAUCAUUGAAGCACAUCUCUUCUUUGUCUCUCAGCUCCACAACACACAGAAAAAAAAAUAAAAAAUGGGUUUUGCUUUGAAAAAAAUUGGUGAAGUUCUACUAAUACUCUUCACACUCAUCACCCCCCUGCAGGCCGCCUUGCCAAACGACGGUGACCCUAAUUUGGUGAACGCUACAUUUGUUAAGGCUGACAAAAAUGCAGUUUGCUUGCUCGGAAAUCGAGCAGCUUACUUUUACGCCCCAGGAUAUGGUAAAGGAAUUCAAAAUUGGAUUGUGUAUCUUCCCGGGGGCGGAUGGUGCAGAAAUGUCAGUGACUGCGAAGCCUAUAUUGCACACAAAGGCGUAGGUUCAGACCCAGGAGCAUUGAAUUUUGAUGAUAUCGGUAUUUUGAGCCCUAAUAAUGAAACAAAUCCUGGCUUUUAUGACUGGAACCGCGUUUUCGUCCGGUAUUGUGAUGCGUCAUCCUGGACGAGCAACUCUCAGGCAUUAACAGCAAAUGGUACUAAGCUAUACUUUAAGGGGAAAAGAAUCUUCAGAGCUGUGAUGAAAGAGCUGUUGCACAAAGGAAUGAAAAGUGCAAAAAGUGCUCUAUUAGCUGGCAGUUCAGCGGGUGGAGUAGCCACAACUAUUUACUGUGAUAGAUUCCGAAGCUACUUUCCAUCCACUUCUACAGUAAAGUGUUUCUCGGAUGGUGCCUAUUUUUUUCUUCCGAGGAAUCACUCUGAAGAGAACACAUUUCUAUUAAUGUUUAAGGGCUUGGUCAAACUACAUAAAUCAAGAAGUGUGCUGCCGAAAUCUUGUACAAAAAGAUUAAGUAGUGCAGAAUUGUGUUUCUUUCCCCCAAAUUUGGAGAAGGACAUCAAAACACCGAUGUUCUUCUUAAUGUCAGCUUUUGACAGAGUUCAGAUUUUGUAUACAUUGUCUAUCGAUCUUGCUGGUUGCGUACCUGCCAAGAAUUGCACGUCCAACCAAAUUGAAGCGUCACGUGAACUUGAGUCGGAGCUUCUAACUGUGCUACCAAAGCAAAACAAAGGAUAUCUCAUCACAGCUCCAUUUGCUCAUACUCAAGCAGAUCAGUCUAGUUGGAACACUUUCCCUGCUGCACAGACUAAUGAGACUUUAGCAGGCUUAUUCGGUGAUUGGUACUUUGGAAGGAAAAGUGUUCAGAUAAUAGACAAGAAUCCAGGUCCCUACCAAUGCCCAUCUUAAGAACAAGUCUACGAAGUGGCAUGGCGGCUUAAACGAUGAAUCGCAAUUGUAUUAAUCUAUUUUCGGAGUAUAUGUACUUGGCAUUACGUAUUUUUUCAGUAUAAUUGUUUACAUUUCUGGUUAUGUAGUACCUAACAAUACUGCUCUGAGGGGCAGCUAGUGUACUUAUUUGCCAAACAUUAUCUAUUUAUAUAUAAGAAAAAAAUAACUCAUAAAAAUAGAUUUUUACCAAAAAAGAUU